GCUCAGGGCCGGGCUGCCCGGCCGGGCCGAUUCUGCGGGCGCCUCCUGGGCCGCGGGCAGGAGGUCCCCAGGAAAUCGGGAAGCCAGGCUGCUGCGAGGCGUUGAUGAAAAAGGAUGACAGUGAAGUUGGGAGACGGCGGCGGGGAGGACGGGCUCAAGAAGCUGGGCAAGCGCGCGGCCGAUGAGGACUCCCUGGAAAGAGAGGGCGCUGGUGGAGGGGACGUGGCCGAGGAGACGAGUGGCACAAAGGAGGCCGAGCAGCCCCUCAGCAGCGGCAGCGCCGGGCCCCCAGCCCCCUGCGUCCCGCAGGGCUCCCCCCAGGACCAGCACCACUUCCUCAGGUCCAGCGUGAGGCCGCAGAGCAAGAGGCCCAGGAAGGAUCCGUCCUGUGCAGGCAGCGGAGGCAGCGGCAGCUCCGGGGCCCGGGGCAAAGGAUCUGACAGUGGUGGAGCAUUGUCUGGAAAUGGGCCUGGGGCCACCUCUGCUGCCCCUGUGGGGGGCUCGCGUCCAUCCUCCCGGAACCUAGGCUCUGCGGGAGGCGAGAAGGAGGAAGGCAAGAAGGUCCGGCGGCAGUGGGAGUCCUGGAGCACAGAGGACAAGAACACGUUCUUCGAGGGGCUGUAUGAGCACGGGAAGGACUUUGAGGCAAUCCAGAACAACAUUGCCCUGAAGUACAAGAAGAAAGGCAAGCCCACGAGCAUGGUGAAGAACAAGGAGCAGGUCCGACACUUCUACUACCGCACCUGGCACAAGAUCACCAAGUACAUUGACUUCGACAAUGUGUUCUCGCGCGGACUGAAGAAGUCGUCCCAGGAGCUCUACGGACUCAUCUGCUAUGGCGAGCUGCGCAAGAAGAUCGGGGGCUGCAUGGAUGACAAGAACGCAACAAAGCUGAAUGAGCUUAUCCAGGCUGGGGCCACCACAGUCCGCUACAAAGGGAGGAACCUGCGCAUCAAGGCACCCAUGUGUCGAGCCCUGAAGAAGCUCUGUGAUCCCGAUGGCUUGAGUGACGAGGAGGACCAGAAACCCGUGCGCCUGCCCUUGAAGGUACCAGUGGAGCUACAGCCACGCAACAACCACGCCUGGGCCCGAGUCCAGAGCCUUGCCCAGAAUCCACGGCUCAGGAUGAUUGUGGAGCUGCAUCGCAAGCUCUCCAGCCUCAUCGAAUUCUUGAAGCAGAAGUGGGCACUCCAUGAAGUGCGCAUCCGCAAGACUCUGGAGGAGCGGCAGCUGCAGGAACCCUGUGCUGAUGCGGCUGGGCAUCUGCUGGCCCAGGAGAGGGUGACACUGCACCUGUUCCCGGGCGAGAGCUGCACAGUGACACCCCUCCCGGGUGUGGCACGGGUGGUGCACUCCAGGGCCUUCUGCACGGUGCACUGGCAGGAGAGCGGCCGGUGCAAGCAGGGCACCCGGGACACCCAUGCACUGCCGCCCGCCCAGAUCCUGGGCAUCCAGAGUGGCCAGGGCACAGCCAGGGGCCAGCUCAAGUGUCCCCGGGGUGCAGCUGAGGGCAAGGCUGGCGGGCGGCCCCCCGCACCCCCUGACGCCUCACAGAGCCCCGAGGAGAGCUCCCCUGAGAGCGGCUCUGGGGAGGGGACCACCCUAAGCCUGAGCAGCCCUGAUGCCCCUGACAGGCUCUCUGCUGGGCUCUCGGACACCGCAGGAGGCCCCAUGGACGGCCUCACUCAUGCCCAGGGCCCUGCGCUUCCUGAGCCAUGUGCCUGUGGCCAGCUUCUGGACCUGGAUGAGGAGUUGUCCUUGCUUGACCCCUUCCCCCGCUACAUGAAGUCCUGCCAGGACCUCAUCAUCCCCAACAGGUGCUGCUGUGCGGACUCACGGGCUGGGGGCAAGCGCUCUUCCCCUAGGGGCUGCACCUCACCUGAGGCCCCGGCCCCCAGCGCUGCACAGGCUGUUGACCAGGCUUGGGGCCUGUCCCCCAUCCGUGUCCCACCCCAGCCAGAGGCUCAGCCCAGCCAGGGCCCUGGGCCACAGCCCGAUGGCAGCACAAAAGAUCUGGCCGAGUCACCUGCAGAAGAGCCACCAGAGAAGGGGAGUACCCCCGACGCUGCACCGCCUCAGGGACAGCCUGCCAGUCGGCUGGCCCAGCAGGUGCGCGAGGAGGGCUGGAACCUGCAGACAUCAGAAAGCCUCACUCUGGCUGAGGUGUACCUCAUGCUGGGCAAGCCCAACAAGCUGCAGCUGGAGUACGACUGGCUGGCUGUGCAGGGCCCCACUCCCUGUGCCACUGCGCCCGCCACCCUGCACAAGCAGCGCCUCCUCAGCUGCCUCCUGAAGCUAAUUGCCACUGAGGUCAACCCCAAGCUGACUCCGGAAGCGAACACCGCCUCCACAGUCUCUGUGAAGCCUGCCCAGGAGGAGCAGUCAUUGACUCCCUCCGGGAAGGUGGUGGCAGUCAGCUCACGGAGUCCCCGUUGCACUCGGAACCAGGCGACCCUCCGCAGCAGCAAGGCCUUCUCUCCAAACACUGCAUCCUGCCCCUCAGGUUUGAGGAACCCCCCGAGGCCCCUCCUGGUGGCUGGCCCCUCCAGUAUGGGAAGCAGUGACACCGAUGGGGGCCUUUUCGCCGUCCCCACGACUCUGCCUCCCAACAGCCGGCACGGGAAGCUCUUCUCUCCCAGCAAGGAAGCCGAGCUGACGUUUCGCCAGCACCUGAACUCGGUCAGCGUGAGUGCCGGCCCCUGCGCCCUGCGCGCUGGGCUGCUGUGCCGAUGGGAAAGCCCCUCAGGAGCGGUGCCAUUGCCUUUGCAGAUGCAGUCUGAUUUCUUCCUGCCAAAGCCCCGGAAGCUGCGGAACCGGCACCAUCGGAAGCCGCUGGUGGUCCAGGUCAGAAAAUCCUACUCGGGUGCGAAAGCUGGGCAGAGAACACUGCUGCCUCGACCGUCUGAGAGCCAGGCCCACAAUGUCUGCUCCUUUUCCAUCCUGUCCAAUUCCUCCAUCGCCGGGAGAGGUUCCUUCCGGCCGAUCCAGUCUUCUCUGACCAAAGCAGCUCUGUCUCGGCCAAUUGUGCCCAAGGUCCUUCCAUCCCAGGCCACCAGUCACUUGGCCAGUGCCAUUGACUUGGCUGCUAAGAGUGCCGGCAUCAUUCCUGGGAGCCCCCUUCCCGUUUUGGACCCCGAGGGCUUGUCUGGCAUCUCUCCGCUGUCCUCAGACAGUGUGACUGCAGUCGUUGCUGGCCAGGGCACCACCAGAACCCGCCAGAAUGGACACCCCAUCUCUGCUGUGGGCGGUGCAAGUGAUCCUUUCAUCAGCAUCCCCUCAACGCUCGAGCCAGAGCCGGAACCAGUGGCGGAUGGCUUCCAGCGCUCUUCUGUCAUCUCCCUAUCUGAGCUGCCCAAAGCUCCACUCCAGAACGGCUUUUCAGCACCGCUCCCCUCAGAAGGUUCCAGCACUCGGCUCUCUCCACCCAAUGUGUCUGCUCUGCUGGACCUCUCCCUCCCCGGGCCGCCUGAGGAUGUGCUCUCGCAGGGCGAGCCCGCCACCCACAUCAGUGACUCCAUCAUCGAGAUUGCCAUCAGCUCCGGCCAGUAUGGUGAAGGUGUCUCCCUCUCUCCAGCAAAACUGAAUGGCAGUGACAGUUCCAAGAGCCUGCCCUCCCCAUCCAGCAGCCCCCAGCCCAACUGGAUUGCCUCUCCCACGCACGACCCCCAGUGGUACCCCAGUGACUCCACUGAUUCCUCACUCAGCAGCCUCUUUGCAAGCUUCAUCUCCCCAGAGAAGAGCCGGAAGAUGCUGCCAGCUUCUGUUGGGACAAACAGUGGCACUUCCUUGCUGGGCCCCAGCUUGCUGGAUGGAAACUCACGGGACUCCUUUGUAUCCAGGUCCCUGGCUGAUGUCGCAGAGGUUGUGGACUCCCAGCUGGUGUGCAUGAUGAAUGAAAAUAGCAUUGAUUAUAUCUCUCGGUUCAACGACCUGGCCCAAGAGUUGUCCAUUGCUGAGUCCAGUCGCCGGGAGGUCCUAUUUGAUGGCGGUGGGCCUCCUAUUGGCGACCUGUCCCAGUGACUGCAUCUCCAGGUGGAGAGGAGGGCUUAUGUGGCUGGUGGCCCUCAGCUGUAGUGGGGGUAGCCCUCUUUAAACGAGAGAAACCACCAACCAAGCUCAGGCCACCCUCCAGAGGACUUCUGAACAGAGACACCUCUGCGCCUGGAACAGGCAGUGCACAAGAAUAGCUGGCUAGAAGCUGUGUUCCAAGUGGCAGAGGGCAGCCCUAGAUGAGGACCAGUGCUCCAGAAGACUGAAGACAGAAGUUGCCAUGGCGUUGGGGCCCCGUGUUGGGAUCUACAGAGCGAUGAUGUUUCAGUCACGCUUCCUUCUCGGGUUUGCCGUGCUGGAUGUUUCCGUGGGCUUCUUUCUGAGAGAAGGGAGCGAGCCCGCCUCGGUGCGGCCAUUGCUUCCUGGGGAGUGUGAGCUCCCCUCUCCGCAAGGAGCUCUGCCACUGUUUUCUUCCCACCACUCUGGUUGCUCUCUGUGUGGAGUGUUUACGGGGAGCGCAGCAGGCCCGGGGCUUGGCUCGGCCUGCUGGCAUCUGCACCCUGAGGCAGCAAGCAGUUCAGGGGGAAGCAGAGGGUUCCAGGGCAGUGUAGCCGAUGCCAGCCCCAGAGUCCUGGCCCCAGCCUGAUGCAUCCCCAUCUAGGGACUUCGUUCUGACUGGUUUUAGCAGGAGGUGAGAAAGAAUCAUGUCUUACGCAGGUCAUGUAGACUUUUUUGAAAAGCCUGCUAAGCUAGUUGAAACAUACUUUUCUUGUGUUUAAGAAUUAGGAGAUGCUGAAGAGGAAGAACGGAGUCCUUGGUUUAGUUGGUUUCCUUCCAGUGUCCAUCUGUGAGUUUCUUCUAGGUGAUCUAAGAUGUUACUUCUCACAGUUGGGAUGAUCCUGAGCACUAACUUGACUAGAGCUAAUGCUUUCCUGAUAAAUUCUUCAGCUUCCGAUGUGUUAUCCUUUGCAGGAACGUGUGACUGUUGGUUAUCCUUUGCAGUUCUCCUUUGCAGGGACAUUUUCUCCUCUUCAGCAUCUCCUCUUCCUCUCUUUGGCAUUGGUGUAGGGUGUGCUGUGAGGCAUUAUGUAAGCCCUCAUGUGUACUGUGCCCCAUGGCCUCUGUUUUUCUUGUUCCCACUCAGGGAAUCCAGUCAGGGGCUCUGACUUCUGGAUGCAGUCAGGGCUCACCACAGCCCUUUGGUGGCCUUCUUGAGCCCCUUGGGUGGGUGGCCAGUGGGGACUCCUGCAGAUGGUCCGGCAGCCAGGCUUUCUCCAAAGUAGAGUCCAGGGAGGCCCAGGCACAGGAGUCACUGUCCAGCCAUGGACGAUGCGUUUGGGAGCUGUUGCUCUGGUGGUGGGCAGGUCACAUCUGUGCCACUAUCUCACCUGCUGCUUCACCUUCCAUCGGUAGCCAGGGUUGAUGUGACCUUUUAAACCUACAUGCACCUGGAACUGCCCCUUCCCCUUUUCCUCCCCUACCCCUUGCCUGUGGAGCAGUGGCUGUUAGGGUCAAGCCUGGCCUCUCCACUCCCUGGCUGCUCUGCGUCCCCUCAGUGAAGAAGGGAGCCAGUGGGAAUGGGCAUGGAAGGGUCUUCCACAUGUAUGAGCAGGGGACACUCUUGAUCAUGUGGUCUCCCCAGCCAGACACAGCCUCUUAGACUGCGGACAGGGUCAUACACACAGCUGGCAAGGGGAAGUGAAGGUGACAGUUGGCCUCCGUGCAACUGCUUCCUUCGUCUCAGGUUUUUCCCAGAGCUCUUGCCUGUAAGGCGGCCUCCUUCCUUAGCUCUGAUUCUAGGCACAAACAUCACUGAUAGGAGCCUGUGCUGACAACUCUUCCAGGCUCUUAAGAAAACCGUCCCAAAGCUCUGGAAAUACAAAGGAAAUAUGCCACUUUAUUAAGAGGUACAGAGAGCAACAUUUGAACCAGAGUAUCUAAACUAGCUUGUGUUCUGUGCUCAUUAUAUCAGCUUUCGGAAACUAGCACCUUAUUGAGCUGAGCAAGAUGAGUAGAUCCCUCUCCCUGGGGAUCUGACUUUGCUGGGCCUCUGUAGAUUAGGACAACAGGCCAAGCUUAGGCCACAAAUCAGUUUCUCAUACUCCCACUGUCUCAGGCCAGAGAUGCCACCUAGCAUCACAGCACUGACAACGGGAGCAGUGGCCACUGGUGAGGGCCCUAGGUGAGGGACAGUCAGAAUCCUGAGCUGCAUAUCUGUCAGGGUAGACAUGGAGGCAGUCUGGCAGGGAGGUUGACAUUUGUUGCCCGAUGACAUCUAAAUGGAGGGAAACUCUGGCAGUUGAGAUCGGUUUGCAGGCUUCUUGUUUAACAGCACCUCCUGCUUAGGUCUUGCACAGACUCUGUUCAGGAGUGGCUGGAUGCAGCCAGUGUCAAUCAGUGGGUAGGUGGGUUGGGGAGGAGGGUAGGAUGAGUCUUCUUGUCUAUAGUAAAGCUGAAGUGGUUCCAGAUGAUUCGGUUGCUUCUUUAGCAACUGGGAAGUAUGACGUUGCUUGCCGUAAUAAAGGGAAAAUGGUAUCAUUUGUAGUAGAAAAACAAUGGGUGUAUUUUCUCCCAGCCUAAGUGAGUAUAUAUGUAUAAAAAUAGAAACUGUUAAAGGCUGGUAUUUUCAAAAGACCCAAGCAGAGAAGUCUCCCACUUCCUGCAUCUUCCCAGUGCCUUCCAUCAGAAGUUGUGAUUGUCUCGGUAUGAACGUGUGGCUUCCUUUGUGCACUUGAGCAUGUUGUGAUUCAGAUGAGAUCAGUUUCUUAGAAAAAUCUUUCCCUGAUCACUCUAUUGUUGUCUGGGAUCUUUUUGCUGAUUCUUUUUUUCUAAAGUUUGAAACUGAAUAUCUCAGGUCUCAAGGGAGCUGGUGUUUUUGCCCUUGACUCUUUAUUGUGAAUAUCUGGUGAUGAGUAGUCCACCUUUUAGAAGAUGCAGAGGCAGGUUGAUGUUCAUCAUUUCACGAAAGGGUUGUGAUGACAUUCUUUCUCAUCUCGCUGUAUCUUCUAUGUGUAGAGUACUUGCUCAGGGAGUGGGGAUAUUUGGGAACAUUUCCUCAGUAGAACUGCUUGCUUGCUUUCCCACAUCUCCAGGUUCUUAGCAUUAGAGUUCCAUCCUUUAUCAUUUUGUACGGUGGCUUCAUUUUAAUAACAUCUCUAACUAGAUCACACCAUUGAGUUUAUACUUGUUCUGCACAGAGAAGGCAUAGGAUACAAGACAGUGGAAACAACUGAGGAGGAAAACAGCAGUUUUUUUUUUUUAAUCUAUCAGAUGCAUUUAUGGGGGAAAUAUGGCACUUAAUUUCUUAAGACAAAAAAAAAAAAGGAAAGAAA